GCCAUCUUGGACCGGUUGGACUGCCAUGUAUAGACAGUAUGCUUAUCCGUGCUAGACCCAUACGAGGGGUACUUAAGUUCUCCGCACCCGUGGCCGAGACCGAUCACGGCGGCAGAAAGGACAAACUCUGGGUCAGAUUACGACACGAUAGACGACUGUGGACAGCACGGGGCAGGACCUGUGCGGGCAUCUGCGUCUGCUGUGCUUUGUGCUCUUGCGAUCUGUCCCUUCUCUCCUCAUUACCACCUUGUCUGCGCGCUACGACUGACGAACUAACGACUGACGAGAUAACGACGUGACAUGCUGUGUGCGCGACGUGCACGGUGAAAGCGAAUUGCGGACUCAGUCUUCAGCGUUAGACGCGCUCUGAACUUGGUAGUCGAACUUUACUCUGCAGCCUCGGGCUUCUUUUCGCUUUUGCUCCGUUUUACUCCAUCCUGCUUCGCACUUUCACCUCAUACUUAACACCUCGUUCCCAUCCGGCUACUGCAAGGCUUGACAGAAGGAAAGAGUUGAAUUGUUUACGUGGAACUAAGAGGCUCUAGGACUAGGACACACUGUACCCAGACCUGCGCUAGGACCAAGAUGUCUUCUCAGCUAGCAUCAUGCAGUUCAUCAUUCGCCUGGAUGAAAAAUGGGAUGGGCCAGGACCCGUGUACAGUUGCAGCUUGGCUGAUUGCGCUGUGCUUGGAUGCAUCAACCAGUUCGUUGGACGUCUCUGUCUCUUUCGAAGCCCUAUGUCCCCUCUGUGUAAUAGUAUAAACUAUUGAAACGUUGAUCUACACAGAUCAGCCUGCUAGCAUUGCACCUCUCUCAAGUUCCUCGGCGGGUUACACGAAACCGAAUGGGACGAGCGCAAACGAUUGCACUUGUUCAUGGGCAUUCUAUAAUACUAUUGAAGCUUGUACUGUUUGUCAGAACUUUCAGCCAAACGACGGAUACUCCGACUGGUCGAGUUCAUGUAAUCUCCUGGGCCGGACAUCUACAUCAACAUAUUGGCAAUCGAGCGUCUCGUUCUCAAGCCGGACAAAGCUUCCUCGAUGGUCAAUCGUCGACCCCUCAAGAUGGGAUGCCAGCACGUUCAAUUCGAAUCAAGCCGAACAAAUCGCUAGCCAAAGUAACGUCGCGUUCUUUUGGUCUUGAUGAUAAUCCACACAGUAAUGCUCAUGUGCUCUUUGUCGCCAUUUCUAUCUUCGACCUUCUCGACUCGGCCCGGAAAGACCUUCCCGAUGCGACAGAUAAUUCGGCGAGUCAGCCUUCAUUCUCAUCUUCAUCAUCACCGGCCGCAGCUUCAUCCGGUGCGAAGAAGGCCAACGUGGGUGCAAUUGCCGGAGGAGUUGUCGCUGGCAUUCUGGUUCUCAUUGCACUUGUCGUCGGAUUAUGGUUCUUCGUGUUCAAAAGACGAGGUCUUGCUGCUGGCCGUGGACUGCGUAGGCAUGUAGACCUCGAUGGGGACGGUGAUGGCAUGACGGAUGCAAUGACCGGGAAUCCUCUUGCGGGCCACCUACGGUCACAUAGCCUCAGCGGGAGCGGAUACUCAAUAAGCCCGACAUCAUAUCAUCCGCCAUUGCAGCAGACUACAUUUCAGGGAUAUCCGGUCACAACUCAGCAUGGUCGGAGUCAAAGUCUUCCAAAUACUUUAACGCCGUAUCCAAAUCAGAAUCCCAGACAUACGAACGUGAUACAGGGGAUCCUAAGGAACGGGAAUGGACGUACGUCGCGCGAGUCGACGAUCCCUUCUGUCGCGGAGCAGCUUGAUGAAAAAAAGCGUCUUCGGACGGGACGCCAGAGUUCCAGUGGUGGGCCGCCGCGAUCGCGGAGUGCGUACGCAGGAAUUGGAAGCAGAUCGGUAUCACGGACAGGCAGCAGCGGACAGCUAAGCAGGACGAGUGGGUGCCAGGACGAACUAAACACGAGAAGCAACACCGCCGUCAUCAGCCAUGCACGAUCGCAAUCGCAAUCGCAGAUCUCAGCUGUGCAAGGGUCAAACACGUCUUCUCUGACGACAGACAUUCACGAUGUCAACAAUAACAAUUCCAGUCCAUCUAGUGUGGUGCCAGAUUGCCGACCGUCCGCCGGAGGGAUAAACAAACGCGCAUCGCACUCGCGGCGCCUCUCGUUAAAGAACGCACCAUGGAACAGGCGCCGAACAGUGAUGAAUCUCGGUUCGGAUGCAAGUUCAGAAACAGACGCAGGACACCCUGUGAAUUCAAUCAUACCCUCAAACGUGGAUACACAUGGCACGAGCGCCGUUGCACCGCUCCCACUGGGCGGAAUGGUAGCCGCUGCUGGACAUACGACGACUGUGGGCGACGUUAUUGCUGCUGUACCUGGUGCACGAUUGCCUACUGCCCGAGAUCGAGAGAACCCGCCUCCGGAAUACACGUCGGCCGCUUAGCGCUGAUUUCGAAUAUAUUGGAAGGAGAUUAGAACGUAACCAUUUUCAAAUUCAAGUGACAUCAAUUUUCGAUCAUGAAAUUGCUACGGAUUUGUCUACUCAUUUAGCCUCAGUAUUCUUUCCAUCAAGGAUGGGUCUUCCUUGCCUUUCCCUUUCUUAUCUGUAGCUUCGUUCCCGAUCGUCUGUAUUGGAAAUUGCAUCUGUGCUGGAUUCCAUAUGUAUAUUUAACUCACUUGAUUUGUAAUUGCAGCU